AUGGUAAAUAUUGAAGACCAGGGAAAACAUUGUUCACCAACAAUUCUGGAAAUUAGCAACAGUAGACAGCUACCCAGCAACCCGCUCAAUUCCUUCCCUGAACCCUCUGGCACCUACUCUGUAUUUGAUCCCACAAAUAAAGUUUUCCCUUCAGUGAUUAACACAAAAAGAUGCUUGGGGCAAAUAACUCGUGAGCAAGCCACGAAAAGCUGCCCAAGGAGAAGCUGCCCUGAGAUCUACACCUGCAGCCCUGAGCAUUUGUUCCUGCGACAUCUUGAUCGUCAUAGCGAAGCAGACGCCAACAGGAAACUGUUCCCUACAAGUGUGGCAGAAUGGCAAGCUAUUGAAGAGGACUUUGAUAGGCGCUGGAAUUUCCCAAACUGUGGUGGUGGUGCGAUAGACAGGAAAUAUGUGCGCAUCACCAAACCCACCAACAGCGGUUCGGACUACUUCAAUUAUAAAGGCUACUUUAGCAUUGUUCUCAUGGCAGUGGUCAAUGCAAACUAUGAAUUUAUUUUCCUGGAUGUUGGGAAAAAUGGUCGUUGCUCGGAUGAUGGAUCGUUGAAAAAUACGCGCUUCUAUGAUAGGCUCACCACCAACUCCAUUCAUCUGCCGCCUGUUGAGCAAACAAAGAAUGGCGUGGGAUUUGUGUUCGUGGCAGAUGAGGCAUUCGCACUGCACGAACACAUAAUGAAGCCCUAUCCACAAAGAGUCCUGAACCCCAAUAGGCGCAUUUUUAACUACCGCCUUUCUAGGGCCCGCAGGGUUGUUGAGAAUGCAUUUGGCAUUCUCAGCAACCGGUUCAGAAUCUUCCACAAACCCAUUAACAUGAGGCUGGACAAACUUGACUGUAUAGUAACAGCAUGUUGUAUACUACACAACAUGCUCCAUCCCAAGGCCACGAGGCAAAUGCCUUUGCUCCCUGCAGGACCGGAAGACCCCAACCAGCCAGUGGUGACAGCGCUGAUUUCCUCGGUGGGACCACCUGCAGCAACUUUACGUGGCACUGCAAGGGCAAAAGAGGUCAGGAAAAAAUAUAAUGCCUUCUUCAAUGGAGAAGGAGCUAUGGCAUGGCAGGAGGAAUGUAUAAGGUAAAAACAAUUUAAAAAGCAACUUAUUCCUUCGGCCUCAUCCACAUCCAGACUUCCCUCCUCUGACUCAGCUAUCACCACUAGGGACUCUUUAGCUGACCUUUUCUCCAGGAGGAAGUGGAGAUCUUUGUAGUACCACAGCUGCGGCACAUACACCUUGUCUGCACCAGCCCCUGACCUCUUGGACUCCUCCACCUUGUGGUUCUCUUUGACAAAGACUGUCCAUAAACUGGCGAUUUUCUUAAGGACCCAGGCCACAGAGGCAGCAAAGUAGGUAGGCUUGGAGUACUCCACCAUACGGGUAUAAGCAGCCUCCCUCUUCUGUUUGUUGCUGUAGUCUGAGGACGUUAGCCACAGACACUCCUCCUCAUGGUACAUGGUGAUAAAGCAGGAAAGAAAAUCGCGGCUUUCAUAGGACAUCUGCAAAAUGCAAAAAAAGGAAAAUUAA